GGCUGGGGCAAGAGCAACACUUCGGUGGGGCACGCCGCUGUGGAUUCUCGUCCUUAUCCUUUUCGGCCACCACCGGCCACAGGCCACAGCUCUCUCCCGCCGCCACCAUGGCCACCGCCGCUUCGUCCCUCGCUCUCCACCACCGAGACCACAACCCUAAGUCCCACCGCCUUCUCUUCACCUCCUCUUCCUCCUCGACCCGCGCCUCCGCCUUCCGCAGCCGCAGGGCCAGGUACAGCCGCCGGAGUGGGCCUCUGCCGUCCGCCGCCUCCGAUGAUCUGGAAGGAAAAUAUAUGAGCACCGCAUUACCUUCAUCAAACUCAAGAGCUACUUCCUCCAUUGCUUACCCCGGUUCUCUUAGCAGCCUCCAGCACCACCCUAACAGCCAGCAUUCAUGUUUUCCUAUCUCAAAACCGAACCAUGAUAACACCCAUAAAUACAACGAGUCCCCCAAAAUUCCAAGACGGUCUCUUGCCUUGCUCCCUGCCUCCUGUCUUCUCCUCUAUGCCUCCUCCUCGUUUGCCAGAGAUGAUGCAAAUGCUCCAUCCACCUCCACAGUUGACACCACCAUCACAGAUCGCGUAUUCAUGGACUUUAGCAUCUGUCCAAGCUACUUUAGCUCUGAGCGCACUUUAGGAGCUAAACUGGCUUCAUGCCCGGAUUCUGAAACCCUGGGCCGUGUAGUCUUUGGCCUCUAUGGUCGGCUACUCCCCAUCACUACUGCCAACUUCAAAGCUACCUGCACCGCUUCUGCAUAUCAAGGAGCACUUGUACACAAGCUCCGUCAAGGUCAGUUCUUUGCUGCUGGCCACCAAGAACCUCGGCGUGAUAAGGGUGCUGUCCAACCUCCCUCAGGCCUUGUGAGCAAUGCUGAGACUGUUGACCCUAAAGCAUAUCAACUAAGACAUGCAAGGCCUGGCACGCUGUCCUUAUGCAUUGGACAGAAUGACGAUGAUGAGGGCAUCAAACUCAAUCCUAAUUAUCACAAUGUUGAAUUCCUGGUUACUACAGGGCCAGGGCCCUGUCCGGAGCUUGACGACCAGAAUAUUGUCUUUGGAACUGUACUGGAAGGAAUGGACGUUAUCACCAGCAUCGCAACCAUACCUACCUAUAAACCAGCUGAAAGGAUCCGUUUCUUCAAUGAGUUUGCGCAGCUGAUUGGCGACGAAAGAGCUCAAACUGCUCGAGCUAUGUGGGAUCGCCCACAGAAAACUGUAUAUAUCAGCAACUGCGGGGAGCUGAAAGUGACCAAGCCAUCUCUUUCCCCUCCUAGCUUGCCAUGAUAAGUACUGUAUAGAUGCAAUUUUUGUAUAUACACCUUCCAUCCAUUAACUAUAACACGUGUGCUCUUCCUGGCAAAUAGUGUGCUUUAACAGCCUGAUCUACGUAAAUAUAGUUCUGCAAGAUUUUUGACCUGUGCUAUAAGUAUGUGACUAAUUGCUCCAUUUUCCGUUUCUGUGA